AUGGUGAAGAGGAAAAGCCUGGACGACAACGAGCCGGAGUGCGGGAAGGGAAUACCGUUCCCCAUCCAGACCUUCCUGUGGAGGCAAACCAGUGCAUUUCUGCGUCCGAAGUUGGGCAAACAGUAUGAAGCAUCUUGCGUGUCUUUCGAGCGGGUGCUGGUGGAGAACAAGCUCCACGGGCUGUCGCCGGCCCUGUCGGAGGCCAUCCAGAGCAUCUCCCGCUGGGAGCUGGUCCAGGCGGCCUUGCCUCAUGUGCUCCACUGCACCUCCAUCCUGCUGUCGAACAGGAACAAGCUGGGCCACCAGGACAAGCUGGGCGUGGCCGAGACCAAGCUGCUCCACACGCUCCACUGGAUGCUGCUGGAGGCCGCCCAGGAGUGCAACCACGAGCCCAGCCUGGGCCACGGGUGGUCGGCCGGCAGCAGCAGCAGCGCCUUCCUGCAGCCCGUCGGGAACCAGGGCUCCUCCCCGGGAGCUCCGGGCUCCUGCUCCGGCUCGGCCCUGGGCGGCUCGGGGCCCCAGCACAGCGGCUCCCUGCUGGAGGAGGACGAGCACACUCGCACCAAGCUGUUCCACAAGAGCAUGGCCACGGUGGAGCUGUUCGUGUUCCUGUUUGCGCCGCUCAUCCACCGGAUUAAGGAGUCGGACCUGACCUUCCGACUGGCCAGCGGUCUGGUGAUAUGGCAGCCGAUGUGGGAGCACCGGCAGCCUGACAUCCCGGCCUUCACUGCCCUCAUCAAGCCCGUCAGAAACAUCGUGACAGCCAAGAGGAACUCCCCAGUCAACAACCAGUGCAGCCCCUGUGGGUCUGGCAACCCGGGCCCCAUGGGCUUCCAGGUGGUUUGCGAAGCCGCCCAAUCGGGCUCCUCCUCCCCCGCCGCCGGAGAGCAGAGCUGUCGUCGUGGUAACUCGAUCGAGAAAGGCGGCCCUUCCCAACAACCCCCAGCGGUCAAAGGCCCCUCCAAGAAAAAAACAUCCGCCCCCGCCGGCCUGCCGGCGUCUCUGGCCCAGCGAGCGCGCUACGCCACCUACUUCGACGUGGCGGUGCUGCGCUGCCUGCUGCAGCCGCACUGGACCGAGGAGGGCGUGCACUGGGCCCUGAUGUACUACCUGCAGCGCCUGAGGCAGAUCCUGGAGGAGAGGCCCGAACGCCCCCCGGAGCCGCUGGUCACGCCUCUGCCACGGCCGCGCAGCAGCUCCAUGGUGGCCGCGACGCCCUCGUUGGUCAACACCCACAAGACUCAGGACAUGAGCCUGAAAUGUAACGAAGAGGGAAAAUCUCUGAGCACCGAGACCUUCGCCAAAGUGUCCCUGACUAACCUCCGUCGACAGGCAGUCCCCGAUUUGUCCUCCGACUUGGGCAUGAACAUCUUCAAGAAGUUUAAGAACCGGCGCGAGGACCGGGAGAGAAAGGGCUCCAUCCCCUUCCACCACACGGGAAAGAAGCGCCAGCGUCGCAUGGGGGUCCCCUUCCUGCUGCACGAGGACCACCUGGACGUGUCGCCCACCCGCAGCACCUUCUCCUUCGGGAGCUUCUCGGGCCUGGGCGACGACCGGCGGGCUCUGGACCGCGGGGGCUGGCAGGCCACCAUCAUGGGCAAAUUCACACGGAGAGGCAGCACGGAUACAGCUGCCGACGCCGACAGCCUGAGUGCCAAACACUCCCAUUCCCACCACUCCCUGCUCCGAGACAUGCCCGACCACUCCAACAGCCACAGCGAUAACACUGUCAAAGAAGUUCGAUCUCAGAUCUCCACCAUCACCAUGGCGGCGUUCAACACGACGGUGGCGUCCUUCAACGUGGGCUACGCCGACUUCUUCACCGAGCACAUGAAGAAGAUCUGCAAUCCCGUGGCCGUGCCCGAGAUCCCCGUGGAGCCGCUGGCCUGCGCCAACCUGCCGCGCAGCCUCACCGACUCCUGCAUCAACUACUCCUGUCUGGAGGAAGGGGAGAACAUCGAGGGGACCAAUAACUUUGUGCUGAAAAAUGGCAUGUUGGACCUCACCGCUGUCUUGCGGGCUCUUUACGCCGUCCUCAGCCACGACAUCAGCUCCAGGAUCUGCGACGUGGCCCUCAACAUCAUCGACUGCCUGCUGCAGCUGGGCGUGGUGCCCGGCAUGGGCAAGAAGCUGUCCAAGCCCGACAACAAGGAGAACCAGGAGGCUCGAGGCAAAGACGGGUCCGGGCAGGGCCUCGGAGGAGGCGCCCAGGGAGGCGGGCCGAUCUCGGGGGCAGGUGGAGGAGGCGAUGGAGGUGGAGGCGGAGGAGGAGGGGGAAGUGGCGGCGGGAGUGGACAGGGGAGCAAGGAUGAUGUGAAAAAUAAUAAGGAUAAUGAUAAAAAGGAAGAGGUCUCUGGCCUCAGCGCCCACCGCCUGGCUUUGACCAUGCUGAUAAAGAUAGUCAAGUCUCUGGGCUGCGCUUACGGCUGCGGCGAGGGGCAUCGCGGACUAUCGGGAGAUCGCCUCAGGAUGCAGGCCCAGAACUGCCUGACGAACCUGUACAAGCUGGACAAGCUGCAGUUUCGCCAGACAAUGCGCGAGUACGUCAACAAAGACUCCCUCAAUAACAUUGUGGACUUCCUGCAUGCACUGCUGGGCUUCUGCAUGGAGCCCAUCACUGACAACAAGGCGGGCUUCGGGAACAACUUCACCACGGGGGACAACAAGUCGGUGGCCCAGAACAUGGAGGCGGUGGUGGUGGGCUGCAUGUUCAAGUCGCUCAUCACCCGCUGCGCCUCCACCACACACGAGCUGCACAGCCCGGAGAACCUGGGUCUGUACUGUGACAUUCGCCAGCUGGUGCAGUUUAUUAAGGAGGCCCAUGGAAACGUGUUCCGCCGGGUGGCACUGAGCGCGCUCCUGGACAGCGCCGAGAAGGUCACCACCACCAAGAAACCCGAGGAGAAGGAGGAGACCAAACAGCCCGGACCCAAGAGGUCAGAGGCGGGUGUGUCCGGGGAGAAGGGUCAGGUGUCCAGUGCUGCAGAUGAGUGUCGCAGCUACAUCUCCAGUAGACCCCCCCAGACACCCGAACACGAAGAGCAGAUCCCGGGCGCUCUGCUGGGCAGGAAGGACUUCUGGAGGAAGAUGUUCAAGUCGCAGAGCGCCGCCAGCGACACCAGCAGCCAGUCGGAGCAGGACACCUCGGAGUGCACCACCGCGCACUCCGGCACCACCACCGACCGGCGCUCUCGGUCCCGGUCCCGUCGCAUUUCGCUUCGCAAGAAACUGAAGCUGCCUAUAGGUAAGAUGGGGGUUGGUAUUCAACCUCUAAAAGAUAAGGUUUGCAUUCAUUUUUCUGAGUCUAAACAUUACCGCUUGUCNNGUCUACGUCCUUCGUGUCAGGUGAAGUUCACCAGCGCCGUGAAGCUAACCGAAGGGGGCGCCGCGGGGCCGGAGUACGGCAGGGACGAGGAGGAGAAUUUCUUCAAGCGGCUCGGUAAAUGGAGGUCUGGCAGGAGGAAUCCAUCCAAGCUUCACCACACAGAAGAGAAAGAUGGACCUCAUGGCUUUCAGGAGCGCCUGGCCGCCAGUCAGGAGGCCAUGAAGAACAAGAACGUGGUGAAUCUGGGCGCCAUCCGACAGGGCAUGAAACGCUUCCAGUUCCUCCUGAACUGCUGCGAGCCGGGAACCAUCCCUGACGCCUCCAUCCUCGCUGCUGCUCUGGAUUUGGAGGCUCCGGUCGUGGCCCGGGCUUCCCUCUUCCUCGAAUGCGCCCGAUUCGUCCACCGCUGCAACCGCGGCAACUGGCCCGAGUGGAUGAAGGGCCACCACGUAAACAUCACCAAGAAAGGCCUGUCCAGAGGCCGAUCGCCCAUCGUGGGCAACAAGAGGAACCAGAAGCUCCAGUGGAACGCCGCCAAACACUUCUGCCAGUGGGGAGACGCGAUCGGCACGAGGCUCAGCGAACUCUGCCACUCAGACAGCGAGAGCCCCGCCAACAUCCUGGGCUACAUUUACGACGAGGAGACCAAACGGAGGAUGAGGAAGGAAGACGAGGAAGAGGAUUAUUUAGACGACAACACAGUCAACCCCACAAAAUGCGGCUGCCCCUUUGCUCUGAAGAUGUCCGCCUGCCAGCUGCUGUUGGAAAUCACCACUUUCCUGCGGGAGACCUUCCCCUGCCUCCCGCGGCCUCGAACCGAACCGCUCGUGGAUCUCGACAGCUGCCGUCUGCGUCUGGACCCAGAACUCGGCCGCCAUCGCUACGAGAGGAAAAUCAGCUUCGCGGGCAUCCUUGACGACGAAGACGGACACGAUUCCCUCAACAGCAGCAGCCACACCCUGAAGUCCGACACCACCGGCGAGGACAAGAAGCCGCAGGAGGCUCAGGAUAAUCUCUCCCCGCUUCCCUGCUCCCCAGCACCAAUUCGGAAGAUUCGGAUCGGGGGAUCCCGGCUGCUCCAGAUCAAGGGGGCGCGCAGCUUCCGGGUGAAGAAGGGCGGCUCCCUGUCCUCCAUACGGCGAGCGGGGAGCCUGAAGAGCACCAAGCUGUCCCGGCAGGACUCGGAGUCUGAGAACGAAGAAGGGCUGCUGUCACAAACGCAGAGCAGGGACACCGUGACCGACAUCGGCAGUCCCUUCAGCACCAGUGAACCCAGCAUCGAGCCAGAAGGUCAGAGCUCAGGAGGAGCAGAGGACAACUACCACCGCAACAUGUCCUGGCUCCAUAUCAUGAUCCUGCUGUGCAACCAGCAGAGUUUCAUCUGCACCCACAUCGACUUCUGCCACCCGCGCUGCUACCAGCACCACAGCCGCUCCUGCGCCCGUCUGGUCCGCGCCAUCAAGCUCGUGUACGGGGAGUCGGUGGACAGCCUGAGGGAGGACAGCGCCUCCGCCGGCAACUUUGGAGGACGGGCGAAGAAAAGCAAAGAGUGUUCAGACAAAUCUUGCCUGAGGACCCCGUCUAUGAAGAGGAGACCCACUGACUGCAACACAGAGGGAAAGAAGGACACGGGCAUGCUCAAGUAUAUUCGCAAUCAGGUGAUGAGCUUGUCACCGGCGCCUCUUUCGCUGCUGAUCAAAGCGGCGCCCAUCCUCACCGAUGACAUGUACGGAGACAUCCAGCCGGCGGCCUGGGAGCUCCUGCUCAGUGUGGACGAACAUAUGGCGGCCGCUGCCGCGGCCAUGUUCCUCCUGUGCGCGGUGAAGGUCCCCGACGCGGUGACCGAAAUGAUGAUGGCGGAGUUCCAGCACCAGGAGGCCUGCCAGCGCAUCAACUCCAUCCUCAAGUUUUACACGCUGUGGCGUUUCCGCUACCAGGUGUGGCCUCGCAUGGAAGAAGGAGCCCAGCAGAUCUUUAAGAUCCCUCCACCCAGCAUCAACUUCACUCUGCCGUCUCCGAUACUGGGCAUGCCUUGUGUCCCCAUAUUCGACCCUCCCUGGGUGCCCCAGAACACUGGCAGCGUCCAGGACCCGAUCAAUGAAGACCAGUCUUACCCCACAUUAAUUCAGUCAGUCCAUACCAUAAAAUCCUUCUCGGCGCGGGCGGUGUCGCGCUCCCACCAGCGUGCCGAGCACAUCCUCAAGAACCUGCAGCAGGAGGAGGAGAAGCGGCGGCUGGGCCGCGAGGCCAGCAUCAUCACGGCCAUCCCCGUGGCUCAGGAGGCCUGCUACGAGCCCACGUGCAGCCCUCCGCCCGAGCAGGAGGAGGAAGCAGAAGAAGUGGUGAACCUGGCAUCACGCCGUCUGUCUGUCAGCCCGUCCUGCGCCUCCAGUAACUCCCACAGGAACUACUCGUUCCGCCGGGGCUCCGUGUGGUCCGUCCGCUCGCUCGCCAGCGCUGAAGAUGAAGAAAACACAACAGAACACACUCCCACUCACCACAUGCUACAGCCGCCUCAAGCUGUCUUCCCAGCAUGCAUCUGUGCCGCCGUCCUACCAAUAGUGCACCUCAUGGAAGACGGGGAGGUUCGAGAGGACGGCGUCGCUGUGAGUGCUGUCGCCCAGCAAAUCCUCUGGAACUGCCUGAUUGAAGAUCCAGCUCUGGUUCUCCGACACUUUUUGGAAAAACUAACAGUGAGCAACAGACAGGACGAGCUGAUGUACAUGCUGAGGAAGCUCCUGCUCAACAUCGGAGAUCUGCCGGCUCAGACUUCUCACAUCCUCUUUAACUACCUGGUGGGACUGAUCAUGUACUUUGUGCGGACUCCGUGCGAGUGGGGUAUGGACGCGAUCUCGGCCACGCUGACCUUCUUGUGGGAGGUGGUGGGCUACGUGGAGGGGCUUUUCUUCAAGGACCUGAAGCAGACCAUGAAGAAGGAGCAGUGUGAGGUCAAACUCCUGGUCACUGCAUCCAUGCCAGGAACCAAAACAUUGGUGGUGCACGGACAGAAUGAAUGCGACAUUCCAACACAGCUGCCAGUCCAUGAAGACACUCAGUUUGAAGCCCUGCUGAAGGAGUGCCUUGAAUUUUUCAACAUUCCCGAGGCCAGAUCAGCACAUUACUUCCUCAUGGACAAGCGAUGGAACCUCAUUCAUUAUUCAAAGACAUAUGUAAGAGACAUUUACCCCUUCCGGAGGUCAGUCUCUCCUCAGCUCAACCUGGUCCACAUGCUGCCAGAGAAAGGACAGGAGCUCAUCCAGAAGCAGGUGUUCUCCCGUAAACUAGAGGAAGUCGGUCGCGUCCUCUUCCUCAUCUCCCUCACACAACACAUGCCAGCCGUGCACAAGCAGUCCCACGUGUCCCUGCUGCAGGAGGACCUCCUUCGCCUGCCGUCCUUCCCGCGAACUGCCAUCGACGCGGAGUUCUCGCUGUUCAACGAGCCACAAGGCAAGGAGCUGUUUGGCCUGGACACCCUCCACAAGGUGCUGUGGAUCAAACUCCUGGAGGAGAUGUUCCUGGGCAUGCCCAGCGAGUACCCGUGGGGCGACGAGAUGAUGCUGUUCCUCAACGUCUUCAACGGGGCGCUGCUGCUGCACCCGGAGGACAGCGCGCUCCUCAGGCAGUACACGGCCACCGCCAUCAACACGGCCGUCCACUUCAACCAUCUCUUCUCCCUGAGCGGCUACCAGUGGAUCCUGCCCACCAUGCUGCAGGUCUACGCCGACUACGAGAGCAACCCUCUGCUGAGGCAGGGCAUCGAGUUCUGCUGCCGGCAGUUCUACAUCCUCCACAGGAAACCCUUCAUCCUGCAGCUGUUCGCCAGCGUCGCGCCGCUGCUCGAGUUCACUACCAGCACCAGUACCGGCCUCUCGAAGGGAGUGUCGGCCCAGUGUCUGUUCGACCUGCUGGUGUCUCUGGAGGGGGAAACCCAGGACGCCUUGGACGCUCUGGAGCUCGUCAAGGCUGAGAAACCUCUCCGCUCUUUGGAUUUCUGCUAUGGCAAUGAGGACUUGGCCUUUUCUAUCAGCGAAGCCAUCAAGCUGUGCGUCACCGUGGUUGCCUAUGCCCCCGAAUCCUUUAGGAGUCUCCAGAUGCUGAUGGUGCUGGAGGCCUUGGUUCCCUGCCACCUCCAGAAGCUGAAGAGCAACACGGUCACAAUGGAGUCCGCUUCGGCCGCCAGGGACGAGAUCGCCGCCAUCGCCGCUCUGGCAACGUCUCUGCAGGCGCUCCUCUACAGCUCCGAGGCCCUCACCAGGCCCAUGACGGCCCCCCAGAUGUCUCGCUGCGAUCAGGGCCACAAGGGUGGCACGACAGCAAACCACGCCAUGUCCGGAGGGGUGAACACCAGGGACAACCUCCACCUUCUGGAGGAAGGCCAGGGCAUGCCGAGGGAGGAGCUGGACGAGCGCAUCGCCAGGGAGGAGUUCCGGCGUCCGCGGGAGUCCCUCUUAAACAUCUGCACUGAGUUUUACAAACACUGCGGACCGCGGUUAAAAAUCCUGCAGAACGUUGCGGGUGAGCCGCGGGUCACGGCUCUGGAGCUGCUGGACAUCAAGUCCCACAUGAGGCUGGCGGAGAUCGCCCACGCCUUGCUGAAGCUGGCGCCCUACGACACCCUGACGAUGGAGAGCCGAGGGCUGCGGCGCUACAUCAUGGAGAUGCUGCCCAUCACCGACUGGUCGUCGGAGGCCGUCCGCCCCGCCCUCAUCCUCAUCCUCAAGAGGCUGGACCGCAUGUUCAACAAGAUCCACAAGAUGCCUACGCUCAGGUGCGCUCGCCCACAGGCACUAUGCACCAGGAGACAAGUGGAGUGGGAGGCGGCCAGCAACCUGAUCGAGGGGAUCUGCCUGACGCUGCAGCGGCAGCCAAUCAUCUCCUUCCUCCCACACCUCCGCUCGCUGAUCAACGUCUGCGUCAAUUUGGUGAUGGGUGUGGUCGGUCCCUCCAGCGUGGCCGACGGGUUGCCUCUCCUCCACCUCAGCCCCUACCUCUCGCCGCCGCUUCCGUUCAGCACGGCGGUGGUGCGGCUGGUCGCUCUGCAGAUCCAGGCCUUGAAGGAGGACUUCCCUCUCAGUCACGUGAUCUCGCCUUUCACCAAUCAGGAGAGGCGAGAGGGGAUGCUGCUCAACCUGCUGAUUCCUUUCGUGUUGACGGUGGGGUCUGGAAGCAAAGACAGCCCCCAUCUGGAGCAGCCGGAGAUCUUCCUGCUCCUCCAGACCGUCAUCAACAUCCUCCUCCCUCCUCGGAUCAUCUCCACCUCCCGCACCAAGAACUUCAUGCUGGACGCCUCUCCGGCUCACUGCUCCACCCCCGGAGACACGGGGAAGGAUCUGCGCCGAGAGGGUUUGGCAGAGUCCACCAGCCAGGCUGCGUAUCUGGCCCUGAAGGUGGUGCUGGUUUGCUUCGAGCGCUCGCUGGGAAACCAGUGGUACCGUCUGAGCCUGCAGGUGAAAGAGAUGGCGCUGAGGAAGGUGGGCGGCUUGGCCUUCUGGGACUUCAUCGACUUCAUCGUCCGAACCCGCAUCCCUAUUUUUGUCCUGCUGAGACCCUUCAUACAGUGCAAGCUGCUGACCCAACCGGCUGACUCCCAGGAGGAGAUCACAGCGCGCCACCACAUCGCCGACCAGCUGGAGCGACGCUUCAUCCCUCGACCGCUCUGCAAAAGCUCCCUGUUCGCAGAGUUCAACAACGAACUCAAGAUCCUCAAGGAGGCGGUGCACAGUGGCUCUGCGUACCAAGGCAAGACCUCCAUCAGCACAGUGGGCACCUCGACAUCGGCCUACCGCCUCAGUUUGGCCACCAUGUCCCGCUCCAACACCGGCACCGGCACCGUCUGGGAGCAGGACAGCCAGCCGUCGCGGCAACCCUCGCAGGACACGCUGAGCCGCACCGACGAGGACGACGAAGAGAAUGACUCCAUGAGCAUCCCCAGCGUGGUGAGCGAGCACGAGGCCUUCCUGCCCAGGGUGACGUCGCAGCGCCGCUUCUCCAGCCACGCCACCGGGUCGGCGGCCUCGCAGCCCGAGGCCCCGCGCACCACCAUGCUGCCCAGCCACAGUGAACCCAAUGUGCUAGAUGAGUCCCAGGGCCUUCUGCAGGAGGGUAACCUCUCUAGGGUUGCCAGCGUUCAGAGCGAACCGGGCCAGCAGAACCUCCUGAUCCAGCCUCCUUUGGGGAGAAAGAGAGGACUCAGACAGCUGCGACGCCCCCUGCUGUCCAUUCCAAAGACGGAGCCGCGCGGCCGAUCCGGGGCGAGGCUUUCCACGACGCGCCGGAGCAUCCAGCCCAAGAACAAGCCGCUGGAAACUUUAUUGGACUGUGAAGCGCACGGAGACCAAAAGAGGUCAGUCACCUUUACAGAGAAUCAAGGCCAGCAGGCGGCUCCGGGGGCCGGGAAGCCUCCGACUCCCAGCGCCGCGGACCCUCCGGCUGAGGGCAGGAAGGCCAGUCCCGCCCCGUCCAAGUCCCCAACGCUGGAGGUGCCCCCAGCCUCUUCUGCCACGGUCACCGCCGACCUGCACGGACCUGCGAACACACAGGUCCCUCCAGCCAUCAGCAGCAAGGAGAAGAGGGAGCAGUGGGGCCUCCGGAGCAGCCUCUCUCCUCCCCCCUCCAUCUCCCGCCCCUCCACCCCAACACCUCCAUCCCGGACCUGCUCCCCGCAGCCCCUCUCCCGAACCUGCUCCCCCCUCCCUUUGUCCCGCACCUCCUCUCCCCUCCCCCCGCCGCUCCCUCUCCUCAGCACGGCGCCGGCCCCGGGCCCCCCGCCGCCGCCGCCGCUGCCGGCCGCCCCGCUCCUGCCUCCGCCUCCGCCGGGGCCGUCCAGGAUCAGGGAAAGCCCCGGGGACGAGGACACGACGGCGCUGCUGCCUCGCAGCGACACCCUGCUGCAGCUCAGCGAGGACGACGGCACCGAGAACCCCCUCCUCACCCCGCUGCUGUCCCCUCCGUCGCCCCGCCGCUCGCCACGCCGCUCCCCGCUGCCCCUCUCCCCCGUCGACCUGGACCUGGACGAGUCCCACGUGUGA